CCCCAGACUAGUGGCACUUCAGUGAGAAGCCAACAUUGGAGAUCACCAUGAAGACAAUCAUUGUACUAGCCUUCCUGAUCGGAGCAACGAUUGCAGUGGACUACUGUGCUCUGCCCACUUGCCUGGAUAAGCACAUAGCCUGCAAUAACAAGGGAAACUUCAGCGAAAACUGUCCCAAGGAUGUGCGUGAGGUGAAGAUCGAGCCCCACCACAAACUGAUCCUUACCCUGUUCAACGAAUUGCGAAACAAUGUGGCUGGAGGCAAAAUAGAGGGUUUACCCAAGGCGAUUCGCAUGGCCAAGAUGUCCUGGUGUGAGGAGCUCUCCCACCUGGCCCUGCUCAACGUGCAGACCUGUGAAUCCCUUCCUGACAAGUGUCGCAGCACGGAGAGGUUCGCCUACGCUGGCCAGAACAACGCCAUCUUCAGCUACAGUGGGGCGGAGACAGAGUAUACCGAUGCAGAGCUGAUCAAGGAGCAGAUCGAGAACUGGUUCGCCCAGCGCUCCAACGCCUCUCCAGAGAUCCUUGCCAGCUUCCCGGAGGAGCUGCCCAGCAAGGACGUGGCCAAGUUCACCAUUUCCGUGGCCGAGAAGAACACCCAUGUGGGAUGUGCCGCCGUGCGCUUCUCCCGCGACUUCUACAACCACUUCGUGCUGACCUGCAACUUCGCCACCUCCAACAUCGUGGGCCAGCCCGUUUACACUCCCGGAGAGAAGUCCACCACGGGAUGCAAGAACCGCUAUGGAGCCGCCUUCGACUAUCCUAACCUGUGCUACGCCAAGGAGAUCUACGACAACGAGAAGGUCAUUGAAAGCGCCAAGGUGUUCUAGGUUGGACAAAUACAAGGAAACGACACUUGAUUAUGGAACGGAAGCUUUAUUUAUAUAAUUUAGGUACACAUAUAUGUAUAAUUAAAAUGCAGCAGACUAUAUUAAUUUCAA